GGAAAAUAAAACACUCGCGCCGCGCUUCGUGAAGGGACGGAAGCCACGGGUAUGUUGUCGUCCGUAUGAACCCAAAAAUAAAAAUAACGCCAGGUUUUUUUUCUUUCCGUUACGUAAAACCGGAGGAUGACAAUUGAAAAUCGCGCUAUCUCGAUGAUCGUCCGAUAUCGUGCCCGAAGUUUGUUUAUGGCCGGUGAUUCAUUCUCGCACGCUUCGCGUCGUCAGGCGAAGCUAAGAAAAGUGGCGCUUACAGUUGAUCCCAAUUAUUGUGGCGUUACGGUACUUGUUUAAUUAAUUUUUUUUUUACAUUUAUACCGUGUGUUUUUUAUUUAGUGUGUAAAAGCGUUUUCUUUUUAAUACUUUGUUGACUUACUGUGAUAAGAGAGGAGUUAAAAAUAGAAGCGUGUUUUGGUUCGUGUGUUAUUGUAUUGGUUUAGUACCUGGGCGUAGCUUUUCAAAAUGCGAUAACUGUCUGGACGUAUUGCUGCGGUCGAGUGUGUUUUUUUGUUAGACUGCACGCGUUAAGCGACCAGGGGGAGUUAGGAACAUGUUGGUCGUGUUGUUGUGCAUCAUGAUGAAACUCCUGGAGUUGUCUUCCAACCACGUGAAGCUAAGCGAAGACGGCAACUCGCGCAUUCGUUUGCGCUGCAGGAAGAAACGACGGAAAGGAGCACCGCGAGGCGGCCAUAGAGCAGGGAUGACGGAGGAGGGGUGCCCGGCAGCCAGCCCGGCCUCCGACUGCAACUCGAACCGCACCGACGAGCGGACGGCCAGCGUCACCAGCAACGCCUCCUCCUCGCAGGACGCAGACUUCGUGCAGGACAACUCCGACUACCAGUGGUUCCUCGACUAUGGGUACAGGGACGGCGGCAGGCAGCACUGCAGCGUGCUCUCCUGCUGCGAGGAGGGCUACCACAGCGACAUGGCGCGCCACCUGGACGCCAACCUCGCCGAGCUGGACAUGGAGACCUUCCGCUCCGAGGACAUCAACUCCGUGCUGGCGACUCUGCCCGUCAUGUGCUGUGGCGACCUGCAGGUGGAGAGGCAAGGCGAGAUGUUUGCGAGCGUGUCUGGAUCCAUGAUGGCGAAAUUUGACUUUGACUCCUCGAUCAGUGCCCACACCAGCUCUCGGAACGACUCCGCCGGCUCGACGGACACCAUGUCCAUCUGCAAGUCGGAGCUGCUGUUCUCGCCGGUGCGCGACUGCCCGCUGCCGGCGACCAACUUCAGCGUCGACUCGCUGGACUGCGACCACGACAUCAUGCUCACGUGCCAGGCCAACAAGGACAACUACACCAUCGCCUUCGAGGGCAGCGCGACUCUCUACUCGGAGGACUCGGACUACCACGAGCCAGGCGACAGCGGCAGGGCGUCCCAGUCCAGCACCUGGGCGCGGCACUGCUUCAAGCCCCACGCGGGCGGGGGCCGUGCCCUGGAGACCUCGAUGGCGCGCUCCGACCCGGCCUACACCACCUGGAGCAAGCUGAAGAAGCGGUCCAGCGAGGUGCAGCUGGCGCGACACCCCUCGGGCAACAACAACGACGUCUGCGGCGUCGGGGACGUCUCGGCGCUGAAGAGCCAGAGCCUGCCGGACCUGCACCGGCGGCGGAGGAACCGCCUCUUGUCCUCGGCGAGCAACAUGGCGUCCUCGGUGGAGUCCGAGCCGCGGGCCGUCAAGCUGUACGACCACCGGCGCGGCAGCAUCACCUCCGACACCAACAGCUCGGUGGACGGCGGGGCCCGCAGGCGCAACUUCAGCCUGGUGCGACUCUUCAUGAGGCAGCGCAGCGCCAGCAACGAGGGCGUCUUCUGCGCCAUGGACCAGUCCUCGGCCAGCGAGUGCUGGCCGCCGUCCGCCAACAGCCAGUCGGAGAACGACAGCGACUCGUACGGGCAGGAGCCGAGGGUGAGCGCCCGCAACGAGAUCAACGCCCGGGAGCGGUGCGACAACGCGCGGAACAGCCCGGCCAUCAUCGACGACGACUACAGCUGCGAGAACGGCAACCGGGAAGCCACCGAGGCCGCGGAGACGGAGAACUCGACGUGCGGCUUCGAGGACAGCCUGAUGGAGCCGAGCAGGAAGGACCCGCAGUUCCACCAGCACGAACUGAUCGCGGAGGAGACGGAGGAGGAGCAGGCGUCGGAGCGGUCCGAGUCCGUGGAGCAGCUCUCGGAGAGCUUCUCCAAGAUCGAGGAGUCCUUCAUGGACCUCGGUGCGAACAGCGGCAUCAGCGACCGCGCGGAGGAGAUCCUCGCCACGGGCUCCAGCCGCAGCGAGAAGAAACUCCGCCAGUUCAACGUGAACAACAACAACAGCGUGGAGAGGGACGCGGAGACCGCCGACAAGCCGAAGCCACUGCGGGAGCGAAGUCGAAGGACACAAACCAGGAGAGACGGAAACGUGUGCGGCAGCGUCUCCAGUCGGUCCUCGACCGGCGGCAGCAUCAGCAACUGCAGCUCGAGCGACGAGACGGACACCACGAAGCUCCAGAAGCUGCCGGCGUCCAGGCGUUGCGCGAGUGGCGUCACGACGUGUGCGUGCCACACCAAGAGCACCUCCACCCAGGUCCCGGUCCACCUCAUGAACCGCAGCAUGCAGACCUCUGUCAACGCAGACACGAGCUCUCUCAAGUCCUCGCCCUUCAGGUUCGUCGAGAGCCCCGAUGGCACAUCUCUGAUUAAGAUCAUCAGGCCCUCGUGCGACGGGAAGCUGGGCUCCUUGAAGGAAGGGGAGAUACUGAAGCCUUUGUAUGUUCUGUUUCCAAACUACACCCUGCCAGACUUGGGCUUCCUGAAAGAGAAAAGGAAGGAGAUAGAUGUCGGGAAUGUGUUUCUGAUGCCGCAACAGCUGGGGUCAAUCUCUCCCUUGAAAGACUGCAUGGAUCCCGGAGGUGGAGAGAAGGCGAGGAAGAAGCGGUCUCCUGUCAACGGGAAGUCUCCCCGGCCGUUCUCCUGCAACGACGUGGAGGCUCUGAGGAAGAAGGGCUUCGGCCACAUCAAGGACUGGGACUCGCUGACGUUCCUCCUGCCGAGGGAGUACUGUCAGUUCUUGUCGGAGGUGCCGGAGGUGUUGCGGCACGUGAAGGGGAGGGAAGAGCGGCCGGAGCCUCUCUUCUGCGUCUCGCCGCCGUCGCGCGCGCGCCCGACGAGCUGUGACUGCGGGUCCUUCGCGGCGGCCCAGACCGCGGCGGCAGCCACCAACGUCUCCUCCUCGUCCAGCACGGCCACGCAGCCCUCAUCGGGCUACCGUGGGUCGUCCACCAUGCUCCUGACCGACUCCUCGUCCAACCAUCCGGCCCCGGCGGGCCAUGGCGGGAACCCACUGUUCGUGUACCGCUACGACAGCGUGAGCUCCGAGUCGAGCCUGGUGGGCGCGCCGCAGCAGGGCGGUGGGCGGCAGCUGCCCGUGCUGCCCAAGCGCUCCAUCUCCCUGCCCACGCACGGGAAGGGCCCGGACACGCCCCCGAGGCCCCCGCUGCCCCGGAGCAUCCUGCGCAAAUCCCUGUGCAGCGGAAGCCCGCAGUACGCCUGCAAAGUGCACAAGAACAAUGCCAACACCAAGCGGUACAGCAUGUUCGAGUUGGGUGGUGAUGGGCGGGGCAGGUCCGUCGCGGGGAAGCAGCAGCGGGCUUCCUAUCACGAUGCGGGGCUCACUGGGUGUCUCGAGGACCUCGGGAAGAAGCUUGCGGAGCGACACUCGCCCGAGAAGGAUGUGGACGAGUUGGAGGACGAGGACUACGACGACGAGGGCGUCGACGCGGGGACCGACAGCAGCUUCGAGGACGGCGGGUGCCGGUUCCGGGCACGCCCGCCGACACCACCGCUACCAAGGACACCGGACGAACCAACAGAGAAGGUCCUGAAGCUGGAGGAGUUCCUUCACCUGAGCGGCCUGUCGAUGGUCGUGUCGGGCGAUGGGACGGAGACCUGGACGGAGGGGGACAGGAGCAGGCUACGGGCAGAGGUCAGCAAGUUCCUCCUGGAUAAGAAUGGGCCGAGAGGAUGCGCGGAUGAAAGUGAAGACCGCGACUGCAGGUUCGGCGGAAGUAGCGCGAAGAAGGUCAGCUUCGCGGAGAAGGUGUGCGUGAGGGUCCGAGAUGAGGCAGAGGUCAAGGAAGGCACGAGCAUCAUUCUGCCAACUCCUCACAACUCCUCGGCGGUGAUCGAAAACACCUACAAGCAUUUCCAGGGAGAGAGAGGCUCCCCAUGCGGGCGGUCAGAGUGCGUCGUGCCACGUGCCGCGGGCCAGUCCGAGCCCACCUGCAGGUCCCCGGGAGGCACGUCACCCGUCGACAUGGCGCAGAAGCGAGACCUGGUGACGGCAGUGAGCGACGCGGUGGAGGGCAUCGUGGGCCACUUUGCGGCGGCCAGGAACCAGGACCACUGCGCGCGGCUCGGCAGCUCGGAGCACACGCCCGCGUGCGCGAAGCUGGUGCUGUCACGGCUGUGCCCCGCGCUCUACGCCGCGCUGGGCGACGGGCUCAGGCCGGAGCUGGACACCAUCUUCGGGCCCGUCGCCAACUCCGUGUGGCAGGUCGUUGAGGCGUCCGCCCAGCAAGGUGUUAUGACUAAACAUCUCAAUGAGCUAGUCUUACGAAUCAACUCCGAAGACAUUAUGACAGAAGGAAGAGUCAAGUUCAACACCUUUGUGUUUGGCCUGCUGAACGUGCGGUCUCUGGAUGCCUGGGUGAGCUACCUGCGGACGCGCGAGAGCAUCAUCCGUAAGCACUUUUCCCCGCAUGGCCUCCUGCUACUGGCGACGACGGCCGGGGCGCCGGUGCACGGGCUCCUGGACCAGCUGGUGGCGUCCUUGCAGCCCCUCUCGCUGCUGCCCUUCCAGCUGGACCUCUUGUUCGAGAGCAAGCAGCUGCACAUGAGCCUCCGGAGGCUGGACGCCUUCCAGAAGCCGGCGGCGGCCGUGGCCGAGGAGGAACCGGCCAAGCCCUGGACCCUGCGGAAGCUUGUCCGAUCCCUACAGAACAGUCUGACGCAGUCCUUCGAGGACGAUGCGCUACCCGGGUGGCCCCACCGCAGCCCCAAGUCGCCCCCGAAGAAUGUUAGUGAUGAGGAGGCCACCCCCUUGCCGGACCUUCUGGGGGAGAGGCCCCGCCCGCGGUCGGGCGUCGACUCUGGAGGGUUCUCCCUGGUGAGCGACCUGGCCAGUACCGUGAGGAAGCGCUGGAGCGGCAUCCAGCUGGGCUCCAAGCUGUUCCAGGCCUUCGACCGGCUCACGGCAGAGGACGGGGACGAUGAGUACCCGGACAGCCUGGAGACGAACCUAAGGCCCGACGCCGGCCGGAAGGGGUCAGGCUCGUCCGGCUCCACCGGGGAGGACUUCUCGGAGGGCGUGCCCCGUGAUGGUGCAGCCUCGCCGGCCCCAAGCACGCAGGAGGGGGUGGAGCAGGGUACAGGCCGCUUCCGGAAGCUGCAGAUGAAGUGGGAGAUGCUGAGCGGGAAGGAGACGAGCACGGAGAAGGUGUCGCCGGUGACCUCCCCGCAGAGCCAGGGCAGUGGAGGCAGCACGCCCAGCACUGGCCGGUCCAGGAUCCCUCGUCUGGUGACCUCUCCCGUGAGGCCGGCCUCGGGCAUCCCGGUGCCAGCGAGGCGUGGGUCGCAGCCCCCGAAGGCAGGCUCCCCGGGGAUGAUACCCCGCAGGCCGGUGCCCGCCGCGGCACGGUGCAGUCGCCUGGACCAGCUGCAGAGCGCGGGGAAGCCGGCGCGUCCCAGCAGCCUGCCCUACCGGCCGCCCAGCGCCCGAGGGCUGCCGGUGGUUAGCGGCCGUGGGCAGGAGCAGCACCGGCGGGCGGCGUCGUCUUCGCUGAGUCGCCAAAAGCAGGCCGCCGGCGGGGCCCAGCCGUUGCAGAGGUGGGUGCGGACGCUGUGCCACCGACUGCCGUCCGACAGCGGUCACCUGUCCUUCAACGAGGGCGAGCGACUGCGCGUGGUCCUUAACGUGGACGGCAAGUGGCUGCUGUGUUGUCGUGGCGACCGGAAGGGGCUGGUACCCCGCGCGGCGGUCGUGCCGCUUUCGGAGGUGAUGUCCGCCCGUGUGUGAACCGGAGCGCAAGACGCAACACGUACUGUCUCGAACAUUAGUUUGGAAUUUGCACUUAAUGGCAUGACAGGGCAUGCGCUGGGUGGCUAGUACUUGUCGAGAACAUAAUACAAUACUGAGUUUACUCAAUUUUAAGACACACUUUUUUUAUGACUCUUUGUACUCUGAAAAUAAGAUAAAUACAUUGUACCAUCAGUGGCAUCCUCUAUUUUCUGAAUUUACUCUAUUGUGUUACAACUGUCAAAUUGAAAUGCAGUAUCUUAAAUUUGAGUAAAUAUAUAUUUGCGUGAAGCAAUCAACAAUUAUAAAUUUUUUUCGUUACUUCCUAAAAAAAAUCAAUAAAUUUACUUAGAGAUUACCACUAACAUAGCUUCGCCUCACUGAUUUUCCAGUGUUGUGAGUAAAAUGUUUAUAAAGUGUUAGAAAGCCCGGGAACUAAGAGAAAACUGAUUUUUCUUACUUCACUUGCAAACGGAAUCCACCUUCACUUGUCGUAUUGCAAGUGUAGGGAAUUAGGGAAUUACGUACAGUUCCGCUAAAUUAAACUGCACAAGGCAUCACAUUUUGGGAUGUAAUUAACCCAAAUGUGAUGUGUGCUGCAUGUUGGUGCUCAUCUAACCAUUUUCGUUCAUUUUCUUGACUCAAAGUAUUUAUAUUUGUUUCCAACUAGUCCUUGAUUUUUUUUCAUAAAUUUUAAAUUUCCAUACCAAUCCGGGUGUUUUCCUGUUUUCCCUGGUACUAGCCACCCGAGCAUACAAUGCAGUUUAAUAUAUUUUGUUCAAGCUGUGUUACUAGUCGCCUUAAGUUAAGUUUAAUGUAUUCCCUCACAUUAUCACAAACUAGGAACAAAAGCAAUUUCUCAUGCUCUGUCAAGGCCUAACAUAUUCGUGCAAGAUUUGGAACUGUGAAAAGUUGAUUUUUAAAAAAUUGUGUUAUUCAAAAUUUGUCAUCACUUGAGAGGGAGAGAUGAAAUUUGAAGCUGUGGUAAAUUUAUUUGGGAUAUGAAGCAUUGACGUUUGCAUGGCGUACCUUUUAACUACAUAAAUUGUCUUAAGUUUAUGGUAAUUUAGCACUUUAUUAGUUUGUCACUUGCAUCUUGAGCAUUGGCUAAACAGUUUCAAUCGUAAUUCUUAAGUCUAGGAAGACUUCAAAGUGUAAACAGUGAUUAUCUCUCCCCCUUAAAGCCAUUCUCUGUUCACUCUUGGUCAGAAAGUCCCAUACUGAAGUACUCUCUCAAGGGAGGGCCGACCUAGUGGUAGUCUCUAUGAAUGUCUCGUGAAUAAGACAGACAGAUGUAUUAACAUGUCAGUGACGAGCGCUCAUAAACUUUAAUGUUAGGGUACAAUGUACAGCUACCGUGCUACAGAGUUAAAAAAAAAAAGAUAACAAAUAACAGAACCAAACCCUUGCUUUGGGAUACCCUGUUUCCGCUUCCCUCCUCCUCUACCUUUUCCUGAAUGUCACUGCUGUCAAGUCAGAAAUGUUAGGUAAGAAAUUUUUGUGUCGUAGAGCCGACAAAAGCCAUUGCAAACGUGGUACUUUACAUUGCUCAGUGCACAGCUUGACAAAAUUUUGCUGUUAAAAUUUUUUUGUGGGGAUAAAUGCAGUUUACGCAUUUCAUUGAUAUAACUUUUUUUGUACCACAGACUUAGGCUAGAAAUGUCUCCCCUCCCUUCCCCUCAGUUCAUGAAUUAAUUAAAAUGCCCCUUAUUUGUGUGGCAAAUGUGAACAGAUAAUGUAGCAUACGAACAACACACAUUCAUCACUACAUUGUGACUCACCGCUUGUAACGUUCAUUAAUGACAUUCCAGUGUUGGUAGUAUUAUCAGUUGUAAAUUAUUAUGAAUUAUAUUUAGAACUGUACAAGUUCUGUGCAUGUUAGUGUUUGAUAACCAUUCUUGUUGCUUUUAAUAGGCAUAUUUGUGGUUAGCUGAUAUUAAGUUUAAUUUUCUUCUUGUCUGAUUUUAUUAGUUAAAACUCCAUUUGGUGUACAGGAAAAGUCAAGUCAAAUAUUUAUCAUCGUCUCUCUAUUCCAAUUAUUUAUAUUAAAAAGAGGAAAUUUUUUACACUGUAAUGGUUAUACAUUUAACAAAGGUUAAAGGUAUUACACAUUCACUAAAGUCUAAUUUGUUAUUUAAUGUUUCAAGAUUUAAAUGAUACAUUAUUGAUGUGAGUUUAUAAGCAACACAAAAAUACUGUUAUCAUUUUGUUGCUAUCCCAUCUAUAGGGUAAUUGUCGCUGUAGCAUAGCAAGAUGGAGAAUUGAAAUUAUAUAAUUAAUGGUGGAUGGGUGAUUUAUAGUUUACUGCUUUAAGGCAGGUAAAGCCUGUGUAUUAUUCUGGUACAGGUUUCUGCUAUAAUUAUCUGCUGAAUGUGUAUUUUUAAGACUGUGAUAAUGAAUGGUGAGUCACGUGUAUUAAUGAAUGUUUGAUGCUGAAAAGAAGUGCAAUUUUGUAAAGUUUUAUUUUUAUUUUGCAGUUUAAGUAUCAUUAACAAUAUUUGUCGAUAGAGACUACCUUUCGCUGUCUGAAAUUCUUAAUGUCGUGGGAACCGCACGAGUCUAGAUAUAAUCAUUUGAGAAUUAUAAAAUCUCAAGUUUGUUCCAAGGAGUCAUUGUUCACACGACGUGACUAAUAGAAUGACAGCCAAUUUAAUACUGACCUGCAAAUGUUUACGUGUUAACAUAGCUUAAGUAUUUAGAAACCUAAGAAACUGUGUGACUCUUGUAUCUUUUGAAAUCUCAAAUAACAUAAGCUCGUUUACUAACAUUUGUGAGUACAGUAGGUUCUGCUAUGACAUUUGGUUGUCCUCUUGAUAUCCACAAUCUUACGAAGGACCAUUAUAUAACUAUAACACAUUUUCCCACAAGAACGUUUAAACCAGGUGGUCAAGGGCUCAGAUUGAAAUUAAAAUAUGAAAACUUAAGGUCAGUAUUCACAAACUGCAUUUUACAGCAAGUGGGAAAAAAAUGUUUUGAGUAAACAGUUGUUGCAAACAAUGAAACACUCAAUGAAGUCUAAAUAGUACACCCGUUCCCUAAGUUGGAUUUAAACCGACGACAAUAGAGUUAAAAGUUGAUGUCACACUGAUGUCAGACCCUAGGAAGUUCUGCAUUCUCGGCUUGUGAUAUUCUCAGUUUAGUGUUCAAGGCUCAAUCCCACCGGCCAUGUUGGCUGUAUCAUUUUCUUAUCAUUGCUGAUAUUGAAGGGCUAUUCCUGUAAAUUUAUCUUUGCAGCUUCUUUUCAUUUAUUUGAUCACAGUUUUGUAUUUUCUGAACAUUAUUUGCGAGUUUGAAAAUGUUGCACUGGUAAAUAAAUUUAUGAACACUUGCAUUACAUUUUUAUCACCGUCAUAUAACAACAUUUAGUACAUAUCUAGUGUCACAAGUGGUGAUGAAACAUUAAAUUUAAGAAAGCUCUCAUGAUAAAUUAAAAAAGUAGCACUUAAAAGAUAGAAAAUAAAGAAACCAACAUGGCGUAUCAGACCGGGCCUUAAGAGAAAAUUAUUUCAUAAUGGGAUGUUUCAAAAAUGCUUCAUACAUCGUAAUGUGGCUAACAGCAUUGCAGGGUUUCUACAGGUAUAUAAUUAAGUACAAAAUGAAAAUUGUCAGGGAAUACCGGAAUAAUUCGGAGAAAUCACAAAAUAUUUCUGAAACAUUUUCUUGUAAUAACAGAAGUGAAACAGAAUAAACUGCUAUUGCAGUUAACUAGAAUCCUUUGAGCUGAAUGUACAAACUACUUUUCCCCAGGACACUGUGUAUGCUACACAACCAUUUUUGUCUGAAAGGUCAGGGUAAUUUUUUUGAUUCAGGUCUGGAAAACCUGGAAACGUCAGGGUUCUUGUUCCAACCCUGAUAUCGGACAAUUUCGUAGCAGGAUUUACUGUAUUAAUUCCACAUGAUACAGAAUUGAAUGUAACACAAGUAUUCACAUAGUUAAUGAUACAAUAUACUCAUGUGCUUGAACAAAUUUUGUGCAAUAUAUUCUACUAGUCAUCAAAGCAUACUGGCUCCAUAGAGUAUAUAGUCGAUUAACUGUGAUAUGCUGAGUGUUUUUUUUCAAGUUCAAAAAUCAGUUUUACAGCUGGAAAAUUAAUUGGAAGGAGUUUAAUUUGUCUGAUAAGGAAACACUACACAAUGUUUGUUCUGUUGGAAUAUGUGCACAUGAUUCUAGCUGAUAUUAAAUGAUGCUGUAUGAGUGAAGAUAAUGAUCAGUUCAGUGAAGGAUCUUUAAUGUGGUACAUUCGGCACCACGCAGUGCUGGAUCAUCAAAUUGCAAUAUACUUUUAAUGGGAAUACCAGAGAAAAAUUAAUAUAGUGCAAUAAUAAUGUGCAAUGAUAUUUGAAACAAGUUCUAAUGAGUGCAUUAUGUUGCAAACAAUACACAUAAGCAUUACUGGUCGUAAAAAUCUCCCACGUGAAGCUGUGCAGUGGCGCCUCCUUGUGGUCUAGGGCACUGAACACCCGAAUAUACCUGAAAAAAUUGGGAGUGGACCAAUCAGCAUUGGAGUACAGAAUGUGUUGAACCAUAAAAUCAUAAAAUGCCAAAUUAAAGAGCAUUAAGUUGAUUUUUUUUUUAGUAACCACUAUAUAAUGUAUGCCCAAAAUUCUGAGGGUGAAUAAAUGGAACAGACUUGCCAGAAAUUUUUUCUUAAAUUGUUGGUAAUUGCUACUUUUGACAGAUCAGAAUUGUAUGAUUUCAGUGAUAGAUUUUGAUGUAAUUUUUUCAAGAUGUGUGAAUAAGGUUUCAGUUACAUUUCUUUCAUAGUGUUUUUUAAUCUCAGGUACUUGGCUUUAUGCUAUUGCAAUAAAUAUAGAAGUGUGUUUCAUUAACCAGCUAUGAAAAAAUUUUUUUUUUUCAAACAUUUGAUUAGUUUAAAAGUAUUUUUUUUUCCAUUCAGUUUGUAUUCAAAAUAUUUUUUUCAAGAAAUGCAUAUCCUGAGUAUUCCUGACCAUUGCUAUAAUUGACGCACCAUGACGUCACCAUGCACACAGCUGGCACACACUAUGAAUAUGUGCUCAACUGUGUAGCAGUAAACGGACCUUUCUUAAAAAAAGCGCUGGAUACAUUCCAUUCAAGGAAGUGACGGAAAGUCAGUGAAGCAGGUUCAGUAUGUCUAGAGAUGCUAGUAUUUUGAGAAAAUGUUGUCUUCUCUCAAGAUAUUUCUUUUAAAAAAAAAAACAAAAAAAAAAAAAAAAACAGUGGUACAGUAGUACAGUAAUUGUGUUCUCAUUGACCCAAUGAAACAGGAAAAGCAUUGCUUACUGAACAUAACCAGUAAUUAAAUUUUAAAAAAAAUUUACAAAACAUUAACGCAAUCAAAUGUCUAACAGUCUAAUUACCCCACAAAUGAAGGCAUUUCUAGGUAUUUCUCAGUUAUUGCCCUGUUUCACCUAAAAACCAGGGGCAAAUCUGUUCCAUUUUUUUGAGUCACACGUAACUUGAGACAUUAAAAACAAAUUAAAACCAUUGUUGUGGUGUGGGGAUGGAGAGAGUACAUUUGUGACUUCAUCUUUGUUUGUUUAUGUUUCGUUCUUUAAUGAGUUUAGACUAGUAGUUUCUCAGUUAGUGUCACUUCGAGCUCCAAAGCUUUGAACAAGGGUGCCCUUGUUUCGAGUCCCGUGUGUUCCGUCGUGUUUUGGAGUUUGUCGCCCUGUUGCUGAGGAAAGGUGGUACCUCAGAAUAUUUCUUUAUAAAUUCCAGUGACAAGUGACCUUUGAACUGUGUCCAACAGGAAUUUUCACUCCUUUUACUUCUUGGUUUGUUUCUGCAGCAGAGAUAAACACCGAUAGAUGUGCAUUUCACUAGUGGCAGGUAUUGUUUUGCACAAAAAAAAAAUCUGAACACUCUUUAGACUGCAAUAAGGUACAUUUCAGCAGUUUCUUCUUGUAAUUGGCAGCUGUCUGCAAGAGAAGCCAAUGUCUUAUUUGCUGAGCCAUUCAAAAUUCAUUUGCACUUGUGCAGAAUUACUAUGAUUCAUGUUCUGACAGAAGGAGUGUCCCUGAUAGAUACAUGACCAAUCACGUAACACAGAUGAUGCUGCAGUAUUUUAACUCACAUCGGCUUCCAAAUUCAUUUUGCAAAAAAAUUAAUGCCCCUAAUUAUUAUGUAUGUAUCUGUAUCUAACAAUUGAUGCUCAUUAGAGCUAUUUUUUAUAUCAAUUAUGCAACCUCAUUUCAUACCAGUGAAUUUUUAAUUUACUCAGGAAGGAAAUAAUUAGACUUAUUUUGUUUUCGUGCAGUUGGACUAAAUAAAAGUUUUGUUAGCAUUUGAACAUAAAAAGCUAUGAAUAGUGGCAUAAUCUUAAAGGAAAAAUAUCAUGAUUAAUCAGAAGUACUUAAAACUGUGUUGAAACUUUAACCAUGAAACCAUUUAGCAAAAUUACUCAUUUUUUCUCCUUGCUCAUGUAAUUUGAUGUUCAAUCCUAUUCAUUAAAAUUUUAAUUGGCAGUAAGGUCAGGAAAACACUUCCAAAAUAUAUUAAGCAAUAAAUUGCAUGUUAAGUUAAGUGACACCAAUAAUUUUCUUGCAGGCAAUGGAAGUAAAUUAAUUCCACACAUUUAUAUCCACACAAAUUUCAAUCUGAUAAUCACUUUUUUUUUACAGCAGGUGCGCCAAACUUUACUCAUUCAGCAUCGUAACCUUGUACGUAACCGUAUGCAUGGGCAUUUUUGUGAGCUUUAGCUUUGUAACGUGAUCUGUAGCUUGCACCCCUUUCCCUAACUUGAAACGUAACAACUCCCGCCGAAACUUCUCACCUCGCCAUGACGCUCAACUGUGGAAACCUCAGCUUCACUUGCCAUGCUGGAUUUUUAAGUUUUUUUGAUGAUUACAGAUUUUUAAGAAGAAGAAUUUUCAAAAAUGAGGCUGUAGAAGUAGGUUCACAGGCAUUUCCAAGUUGUGAAAACUCAAAAACUAUUUUCAACGAGUGACCACAACACAAUUAGCUAAGCAAAAACUUUCACUUCAGUUUUUUGUCUGAUGUUUUACAAAUAGCUUGUAAUAUGGAGCAUUAGUGUGGCAACAAACUUCUUAAAAGAACACAAAAUGCAAUGCUUGUAUAUUGAAACAUCCAUACAAAUUGUUCUAAAUAAAUUAAUAUACAAUAACACAACAGUCUGGAUUUCUACUGUGUUUUCUCAGGGUACUCCUACUUUAUUUUAACUCCAGAGCUAAUCCUACCUCCCACUAGAAAACAUGCAAGUUAAAAUUAUUUUUUUUAAACCAAUUUUUUGAACUAAAAGAACCCCUCCCAACCCCCACCCCCAACCCAACUUCCCAUAGACUGUUGUGGCACAUUUACACAUUGUAUCUUUACAUCUUUAAGUAUGUGUACAUUUACAAUUACCUUUUUUCUUCUUCUGAAAUUCUAGCUACAUUUAUCUGCUAAUUUUCACAUUUAAGCUACCUAAUUCAGGUGAUCUUGUUAAGCUUCGUGCAUUGUCACACAUUUAAAUAUCCAGUUUUAAUUUUAAUCAGCACAGAGGUAUGAAUUUUAAACGUGAAUUAUUUGACCGUUAUGACAAGGUGAGAAAUUUAACCAAUAUCAUGAAUUUUUAAACCUAGGUUUGUUGCACCUGAGCUAAUAUGGGUCAGGUAUACCCUGCUUAUACCUUACGAAUCCCAUCUGUGUAGCUCCUUAAAAUUCUGCUGAGUGUGUGUGUGUGUGUUUGAAUUGUGCUUGUAUUUUAUAUUGUGUGUGAAUGGCACUAAUUUGCAUAUUUUAAACAAUAACGUGUGCAAGUAUUAUCAUUGUUUUGUUAAGGUAAUCAUUAAUUUUAUUAAUUAUGUCACAAGUGUACUCUCAAUUAAAAAAGGAUUUAUUUUUGUGUUAUUUUUCAGUAUCGUUUAAUAUACUUUAUUUGUGCACAUAUUUCAUCAAAUAUUCCAAAGCUAACAUUAAAAAAAAAGGUUUUACGAUAAAAUUAAUUUCCCGAACUGUGCAGAUAUUACGAAAAGUGCGAAAUCAGUGGCAAUAAACUUUAUUAACUUUAACAUAUUUUAUUGUUACAUAUCCUCUUGUAAAAAAAUAAUGUGCAUAUUUGGAAACUCUGUGAUGACUAUUCAAGCAGAAUAAUCCAAGUCGCGUUGACGGAGGUUAAAUUGUUGGCUGCUGAUGGCAGACAGCAUGUGUCGUUCACCCUGAUAGCUUGGUUUCUCUGCAGGUCGUAACUAUUCUUGCUGACGUAAUCUCAUUAACAUGUGUGGUAUCAAAGGAUCUGCUAUUAGUUUGGAUGAUUAUUUUUUAAUGAUGUACUGUCUGCUUCUCCACCUUAGCUUAGUCCUACAAUACCAGGGAGAGAGCUGAUAUAUAACGUACAUGUGUAUAUACGUACGUACAUGGGUUGGAUUGUUUAAUGUGGCCUUUCUUUAGAAGUCUGCUCUGUAUCUCAAAACAUACAUGUAUGUGUGUGUAAGAUGUUUAAACAUAUAGCAUGAGAUAAUAAUGCCAAAGAUUUUGAAGUAUUCUUACCUUUAGCCCCAUUAAAAAAAAAAAUUAAUUUUUAAGUAUGAAUAAAACCGCAGUUAUAAAAUAAUUAUUUCAAGUAGACAUUUGUGACUGUUCCUUUUAUAAUAUUAACAUUUUUAGUAGAAAACCUUGAACAAUACAUUCUCUCAAUUGUGGGGUUAAUACAUUACCUUUAAGUAUCAAGUGAUAUGUGAUGUAUUAAUUUAUUGUGUAUAAUUUAUCUCAUAUUUUCAAACAAUUGAAAGGAAAAAAAUUCCUUUCGUGCAUAAAUAUAUGUGCAAUUCUUUUUCUACCUUGAGUUUUGCUUUUUUGUCAUUUUGAAUUAGCUUUUGUUUGUAUUCAUGUUUAUAUAUAAUGCAAAUAUUUUGUAAUGUGAAUGUACAUAUAUUAUUUUGUCAGUUUUGUAAAUAGCAUUAAUUAAAUGUGUACAGUCUAAUGCACAACACUGUCCAUCUUCCCUAAGAAAAUUGUGAACCUAAAAUUACCUUAGGGUUGGUAAUUGUGUUAUUAUAUUAUUGAUGUUUAUGUUAAUUUAAAUGGUACUUUAGAUUUCGAAAAUAAAACUUUUAUUUAAUUUUUUUUGACAUAUGCAGUAUGUACUGGUCAUACCUUGUCAAUUCACUAAGCAUGUGAUCAAAUGUAUUUGUGUGUAAAAAUAAUAGUUUUUAAUGAUUAAUUAACACAGUUCCCACACACUUACUUGAUUUUUUUGUGUCCUAUUUUAUUUUGCCCUGAUGUUUGAUAUUGACUGACGUGCCUUCUUAGGGCAUUUUCUUGUUUUUCAUUGGGAACUCUGAAUUUUUGUCUCAGAAUCAUAACCAUACACCCAACUAUCAUCUCUGUUUUAAUUUUUGCCAUGAAGUCACAUGAUUUUCCUUCUGUUUUUCUGUAAAAAGUCUGGGAAACAAAUUUUGCGCUCACUUGUCUCAUUUGCAAAUUAUUGGUUAAAAUGCCUUGCCCAGACCCGUGCGAGAUUUUCAGUUCUUUGUAAGCUCUCAAAUAGUUAAUCGUCUGUUUGAACAACCCAUUUUUGCCACUUUUAGCAUAUUUUAGUUUGUUUUCGAUGUCGAAGGAUGUCCAGACUGUUGCUCUUCUUCAUCCGACUCAUUUCUGCUUUUAAAUGGCUGAUACCAUGUAAACAGUCACCACAAUAUCACCAGACCCUAAUUUUAACAUUUCAUGAGAUUCUUUGACACUUUUUGCUAUUUAAAAUAAAACUUAAUAUUAACGUAUUGUUUGAAAAUUCAUGAUGUGCGACAGACACGGUAAACACGACCUCACUCUUCCGGCUCUGGAAGCCGACUGACAAGUCACAACUUGUUCAAACUUGACACUGGCUAGCUCAACGGAUCGGGCUAUCGGGCUUUUUACUUCAAAUAGCUUCAGCAGUUGCUCUAUAAAAAUUCAUUCCCCAUAUUUUUGAUCACACCUCAUAACAUGCAGAAUAAUAAUAAAGUUUGCACUGAUAUCAUUAUCGUUUUUAUCAACACUAAGUAAUUAACAAAGUCUGAACCCAAAUACAAUAUGCACAGCACAUUUAAUGGGUUAGUGAUACAGAGUUUAUUGUCCAACCAUUUCAUUUAAAUUCCUACAAAUAAUAUAUUUCCUUAAUUAUUCCCUGAUUUUUCCAGACACACAAAAUUCCACGAUAAUUCCAGGUUUUCCCUGAUGCUGUAUACACUGUUUUAUAUAUAUAAUUUUUUUAAAAAAGCAUUAACAGUGCAUAAACUUUUAGUGGAAGUAACAAAUUUUGUUGAGCAACAGUCUGACUUGUCUCAAAUCAAAAACCUGUGUUUUUAAUAAUCAAGAAGAAACUUGACAAGAUUUUCCAAAUUUGAUUGGCCGAAUAGUUGCCGCCAUGUCACGUGAAUCCGUAGCAAGUUUGUGCCAGUUCAUACAUAACAUGUUGAAAAUUGAGUAUUUUAGUUUGUUUAUUACAACAUUUCCUGUGUUAUAUUGAUCAGUUUUUAUUUUUUCUUAAAUUUUCCCACAAAAACCAUCCCUUUUGACUGUAAACAAAAUAUUUGAAACGAAUUAUGUGGAGUGCCAUAUUUGUUUAUUUCAUUUUGACUUGUAAUUAAUUUGUACAAAGAACUUUUGGAACUGAUUUUCUUCAGUAGGUGUGUAAAAACCCAAGGACAAUACGUGUCAUGUCCAAUGUGUUUACCAUUUAGCAUUUCAUAUAAAUAAAUAAUAAAAAAAUACAA